GUUCAAAGACCAGCAUCCUACAAAAGACGACUUCGAACUACCGAAGCUUGCCGGUAGAUGGCAUGUGUUCGUAUAUCCCUACACGUUUGAAAAUGUAAACUCAGAGAGAUGUUACAAAUAUCAUAUGACGGUAGUAGGCGACGAUGUUCACUUCACAAUAAGCUAUCUAAGGAAAAUGAAACCUUGCUGGUAGAUGGUACGUGUUUGCCAGCUAUCCUAGCAUGUUUGAAAUGGGAAGCACAGAGAGAUGUUACUCAUAUCUUAUGACGGUAGUAGGCAACGAUCUUCACUUCACAGUAACCUAUAUAAGGAAAAAUGAAACAUCGGAGGAAAAACGUACUCUCGAAGGUAAAAUUACCAGCGUUCCUGAUAGUCCUGGGAAAGUGCGAAUCACGAUGCCUACUGUGGGACUGGAGAAUACCUUCAACAUUGUCGAUGCAAAAUACGAUGAUUAUGUAAUUAAUUACCUCUGUCACAGUUCUCCAUUCAACAAAAUGGAAAUGGUUUCAAUUCUAACGAGGGAUGUUCGCCUGAGUGAUGCUAAAAAGAAGAGUCUACUGGAAAAGCUGAAGCCAUUAAAGUUUGAUACAGAACUUUUGGAAUUCGAUUCCAAAGAAAAUUGUUAACAUUUCUUUGCUUUGGAUGUAAAAAAGGAGAUUAUUAUUAAAUAUGAAGUGUUAAAA